AAAAACCACCCGGAAAAAAAAAAGCAAUAGGCAGCCAGUUGCAAGCCCUGCCGUUGUCUGCUGGAGUGGGCACCUUGUGCUCCCCAGCACAAGAAAUGGCUGGGUGCUGGCUCCUGGCCUUCUGCUGCCUCAUGGCGUCUCUCCUGCCCGCAGCCCUGAGUGCCAACAGAGGAGAAGUCUGCGACUGCAAUGGGAUGUCCAGGCAGUGCGUCUUCGACUGGCACCUCCUGAAGGAGACGGGGAACGGGUACCGCUGCCUCGGCUGCCUGGGCAACACGGAGGGUGUCCAUUGCGAGCGCUGCAAGGAGGGCUUCUUCCGCCAGUGGGAGGAGGACUGCUGCCUGCCCUGCCGCUGCCACCCCCAGGGUGCCCUCAGCCCACAGUGUGACAGCGACGGCCGGUGCAGCUGCAAACCUGGUGUGAUGGGCAAGAAGUGCGACCAGUGCCAGCCUGGCUUUGAGUCCCUCUCUGAGGCUGGGUGCCGGAGGAUUGGGCAGAGCCUACAGUGUGAGUGCGACCCAGCUGGCAGCACGGGGGGCUGCCUUUCCGGCCGCUGUGUCUGCAAGGCGAGCACUACUGGAGAGCGGUGCGAGAGGUGCAAGCGAAACUUCUAUAACCUGGAUGCCAGAAACCCCAUGGGAUGCUCCCCCUGCUUUUGCUAUGGGCACUCAGCUGUGUGCGUCAGCACGGACAACCACAGCAUCUACAACAUCACCUCCACCUUCCAACAAGGUGCUGAAGGCUGGCGAUGUGUCCAUGAAAGUGGCUCCCCAGCCCAGCUCCAGUGGUCCCCACGCCAUCAGGAUGCCUUCAUAGCAGCGAGGAGAUCGGAGCCAAUAUACUUUGUGGCACCUGCAAAAUUCCUCGGGAACCAGCAGCUGAGCUACGGCCAAACGCUCUCCUUUGAUUACCGCCUGGACCGAGGGGGACGCCAGCCAUCACCACACGACGUGGUCCUGGAAGGAGAUGGCCUGAGAGUCACUGCCCCCUUCUUGCCCCAGGGGAAGGUCCUGCCCUGCGGUGUCAGCCAGACAUACAUGUUCAGGUUGGAUGAGCACCCGAGCAGCAAGUGGAGCCCGAGGCUGAAUCACUUUGAAUAUCGCAGGCUGCUAGGAAACCUGACAGCUCUCUGGAUCCGAGCCACCUUUGGGGAGUACAGCACCGGCUACAUCGACAAUGUCACCCUGGUGUCGGCGCAGCCCAUUGCCGGAGUCCCUGCUCCCUGGGUGGAGCGCUGCCAGUGCCCGGUGGGGUACCGGGGCCAGUUCUGCGAGAGGUGUGCCCCUGGCUACCGCAGGGAUGCCCCCGGCCUGGGGCCCUUCAGCAUCUGCGUGCUGUGCAAUUGCCAGGGGGGAGGAAUUUGUGAUCCUGACACUGGGGAAUGCUACUCAGGAGAUGAAAACGUGGGCAACAGUGUCAGCUGCCCCUUCGGCUUCUACCGAGACCCCUGGCAGCCACACAGCUGCAGGGCAUGUCCCUGCAGCAAUGGCCAAGGCUGCUCAGUGGUGCCGGGUGGCGAGGAGGUCAUCUGUGACCACUGCCCUGCUGGAGCUGCCGGGGCCAACUGCGAGUACUGUGCCGACGGCUAUUUUGGAGACCCAGUGGCUUCCCGGCCCUGCCAGCCAUGCCAGUGCAACGGCAACGUGGAGCCCAAUGCCGUGGGGAACUGCGACCGCCGGACAGGCGAGUGCCUCAAGUGCAUCUACAACACCGCCGGCUUCUACUGUGACCGCUGCAAAGACGGCUUCUUUGGGAACCCCCUGGCCCCCGAUCCUGCCAACAAGUGCAGAGCCUGUGCCUGCGACUCAGCUGGUGCCGAGCCCCUGAAGUGUGGGAGCGAUGGGAGCUGCAUCUGCAAGCCUGGCUUCGAGGGUCCCACCUGUGAAGAGAGUGAGUGCCCGGCUUGCUACGGCCAGGUGAAAGCCCAGGUGGACCUGUACCUGCAGCAGCUGGCAGAGCUGGAGCUGCUGCUCUCAGAGGUGCAAGCUGGUGGUGGGGCUGAGAGCCAGGAGUUGGAGGGGAGGAUGCAGCUGGCUGAGGAGACGCUGCGGACCAUCCUCGGGGAAGCCCUGAGCCUGCAAGCCUCUGACAGGUCUCUGGAAAGCCGCGUGGCCAGGAUGAAGGGGCAAGGGUCCAGCUCCCAGAGCCGCUUGGAUGGGAUCAAGGCAACGGUGCAGAGGCUGAGGUCUCUCGGGGGCCAGUACGAGAGUCAGGUGCAGGAUACCCGGCAGCUGCUGGAGAGAGCCAGGCUGGACCUGGACCGCAGCGGAGCCACUCUGCGUCGGGUGACUCUUCCCGUUUCAAACCUUCCUGGGAGCUCGAAUCAGUUCUUGAUGCUGGCCCAGGAGGCUCUCAGACUGGCCAACAGCCACACGCAAGCUGCCAACACCAUUGAGCAAGCCGCGAAGGCGGCGCGGGAGGACGCACGGCAGGCGCUGGAGCUGGUGCGUGUGGCCGCCAGAGGAGAGACGGCCACCUCCGGCUCCUUGCGGGAGCUGCUCGGGAAGUAUGAGGAACUGAAGUCGCUGGCUGGAGGCCUGAAGGCUGAGGCCGAUGGGAUGGCCUCUGAGGCAGACAAGGCUUAUCAGGGCAGCCUGGUGCUCCUCAGCUCCCUGUCCCGCCUGAUGAAGACUGACAUUGGGUCCUUUGAGGGGGAAGCAACCCAGCUGAAGCAGGACGCCAGUGCUCUCCUGAGCCUGGUGGACACCUACAUGGCACAGUACAGGCAGCUGCAGAGCCGCACGGGGCGCUGGGAGGAAGAUAUCAAGCAGCUGCUGCGAAGGGGAGAGGGCGAGAGAGCGACACUGACGCAGCUGCUGUCCCGAGCCGACCUCGCCAGGAACACAGCCCUUCAAGCCGUGAGUGCUGGCAACACCACCUUCUAUGAGGUGGAACAGAUCCUGAAGAGCCUCCGGGAGUUUAACCUGCAAGCGGAUGACAAGAGAAAGGAAGCUGAAGAUGCCAUGAAGAGGCUACUGAUUAUCAGCAGCAUGGUUGCAAGUGCCAGGGAGAAGAUGGAACGAGCUGAAGCGAUCCUGGGCAGCGCCACUUCUGAAUCCAAGGCGGCCAGCAGUGUGGCAGGGGAAGCAAAGGAGAUCACCAUGGGGAUACAGCAGGAGAUCACACAGCUGAAGGUGGAAGCCAACAAGACGGCUGAUGGUGUCCUCGCCCUAGAGAAGGCAGUGGCCACCCUGCAGCGUGAGGCCAAGGAAGUGGAUGGCGAAUUUGAGAGGAAGCUUUUGGAGGUCGAGGCGGAUGCCACUGUGAUACAGGAGACAGCUCAGGAAGCUCAGAAGGUCCACGCCAAGGCUGGCCGGGCAGGGGUGGUCGUGCAGGAGAUGUUGAGCACCCUGGAAGAGCUGCUGCGUCUGAUGAACCAACCUGGUGCUGUGGACGAGGAAGGCCUGAAGCAGCUCGAGAUGAAUUUUAGCAAAGCCAAAACCAGAAGCAACCAGCUGAAGGUUGAAAUGUUGGAGCUGGAGCAGACAGCUGCGCUGCAGAAGGCCCGGGUGCAGACGCUGGAGAGCAGCAUUGAUGAGAUCCUGGCAGAUAUUAAGAACCUGGAGAAUAUCCAGAAAAGUCUUCCUCCAGGCUGUUACAACACAAAAGCCAUUGAAUUGCCGUGAGCGAGCUCUGGAAAGGCUGCAGCGCCUGCCAGGCUGUGAAGGCAGGAGAGCCUGGCCCAGCUGUCCUCCCCAAACCUGGCAGGACCAGCUGUGUUUGAUUGUGUUGAACUGAUCCUUACCCUCAAGUUCAGCGUGGCGGCUGAAGUUCACAUCGUCACACUGGCCCUGGAGAGUCCCUGAUUUUUCAAAGUGGUACGUCCCUCGGUCACAGGAGGAAGGAGACACCUGGUUGCAUGAAGGUGCUACUGGCUGCCCAGCAUCCCAUUUCUACAACAUUUCUGAGGUGCAGAUGGGGGUUGCUUGGUGUCAGCCUUGGGAGUUGGCACGGUUCAGAGCCUGAAGUUCAUGGCUGAGAGGUUCUCCAUCCCCUGUGGAUCUCCUCUCCUCGUCUGGCACACACAGAAGGACUAGAGUCUCUGUUCUUACUUUUGACACUGCCACCACCACCACCACCUCAUGUUGUCUGCAGGGUCUUCCUCACCUUGGCAGCUCAGGAGGCAGGGAGCGAGCAGCAUGAAGUGGCAGCUAGGGGAGAUAAGUUUUGAUCUGUGACACCAGUGACACUUCAUGUGGCUUUCUUCUCCCAGCCUGCCCAGUCCUUACCUUCUUGGGAGCGGCUCUGGUGUGGCUUUUGCUGUGGCUUGGAGAUUCAGCAUCAGAUGCUGCUGAUGACCCUUUUCAUAAAGCUGCAGGUCUUCCACAGUGCUUCUCAGUGAGGUGGUUACUGUUUUGCUAAAGGGAAAAAAAAUAAAGAUGCCUGCUGGUUUUGAGCUCAGGGUAAUGUGCUGGAUGGGGGAAGAAGGGGAUCCUAGGCUAGCAGGUUAGCAGAGGAGGAGAGCACUGCUGGGGCUUCUCAAGUGGAAAGUCUUUCCUGCUCCACCUGCUCCCUUCAGCCAGGAGGAGAGGGCCCCCUUUCUUUCUCCCACACUUCUCUUUGAGUCCCAAAGCCCCUCAGGGAUGGCUUUCUUGUCAAAGCUCCUCCUGGGCAAACACAGGUCUCCCUACCAUCCCCUUACACACUCAAGCACAACCUUUCCUUCCAAGACCGGUCAGUUUGGUACCAGGCAGCUUCCUGGGUGUCCCAGAGCCCAGGAGAAGCAAGGUGGUGUCCCCUCUGCACAAGCACCCAGGACCCUGCAGCACUUGUCACAGGAACAGGUGCUUUCUCCAGGGGUCUGCAGCCACAGGCUCUCAUGUCUGAGAGCCUGGCCCCACCCUGCUGGAUUGCCAGCAUCCUGAUUUGAUCCGUUUAAAAGUAUUGAUGAUGUCUUGAAUGUGUCUCCGCCUUUGGUUUGGUGCUGCCAGUUUUACCCUCCCUCCCACGUGGUGCUGGCUGUUUCUCAGAGGCUCAAGUCUGCAGGAUUUCCCACCGUACAUCUGAGCAGAGCUUGGAGGAGCUGAAGAUCACAGUGCUCCCGUCACCCACCCACAGCUUUCCUGUGGGUCCAGUUCCAUUCAGACACCACUCCCAGCUUCCUUUAGAUGCCAUUUCAGGGGGAAAAAGAGCCGGCAAAUGCUGGAAGUCAACUCUGCUGAAGCCCCCUGACCUGCAUGGUGGUGAAAGAAGAGGUCUGGGACGGAGGAGGACACUUUGGGGGACAUGCUUACCCCUCGUUAGCUCUGAUUCUCUGAUAAAGCAGUGCCCAUGCUUUUGCUUGAUAAGGAUAUACCAAGUAAUAUGCCUGCCUUAUACUUUUAUUUAAGUGAGAUGUAUUGCCUCUGGCAUGUCUUCCUUCUCCCAUUGUAUAGCAUGGGGACAGGUACUAUGGACCUGACUUCAUUUUUCCAUGAGUUGGGUUUUUUGAAAGGGAGAAAGAAGGUCAAUAAAUAAUGAAUACUUUUGGCUGGA